AAUGGGCACCAGAGUCGGUCUAGGCUUUACCACGCUAUCAGGGUUAUCAGGUACAUAUGUAGCAAAGGACAACGCUUUUACUUUCUAUCCUCCCAGUAAUUUUUCAUUAAUGUUUUCCCUGCAUUUUCUGAGCUACCCGUGAAAUGUUCCUGCAGGAGAUUAGCAACGUUCAACGAGUCCUCGUCUUCGGGGACUCGACGAUUGAGAACAAACUUCCCGUGAUCAGGGCACUAUGGAAGGCUUCGGAGUCGUCUCUCCUGCUGAAGACGUUCCUGCAACAAGCUAUCGAGAUCAUCCAAGAAGAGACACAAAAGCUAGCUUCUCAAGAAGGUUCCCUCUUCCUGCACUGCAUAAACGUACUUGAAAUCGCAGAAAUAUAUGCGGAGGCAGAAGAGCCAGACGAGAUCAUUGCAUCUGUUCUCGCCUUGGUUGCCCGCUUCGGGGCGCUCGUGUUGGACAACGAGCACAAUGACGGUUCCAGGCAAUCAACAGGCCCCAUCCAGAUCGCAGGAUUCUGUACCGGUCUGUUGGCUGGUGCAGUGGCUGCCUGCGCAAAGGAUAUCAUUACAAUUUUCGAUCUCACCUGUGAAGUGCUGGCUAUCUCUUUUAGGCUUGUCAUUGCACUAGUGCGCAGAUCAAAGGCAAUUGAGCCGGAGCCGGGCCUAUGGGCUACAACCUUUAUCCGCGUCUCGAGACAGGAGCUGGAAAUGCAACUCGAGGAUUACAACCUAUAUCAUAAUCUUCCUCGAGAAAAACAAGCUUACAUCGGAGUCACCUCCCAAUUGUGGAAUACGGUUUUUGCGCCGCCGAGCGUCAUCCAGCACAUGUCUGAAAGCUGCCCAAUCUUCAGCCAGAUGUCUCAAGUGUCAACAACUGCUGCCAUGGCAGUACACGCCUCCCACCUAUCUCUCCCGGAUAUCGACUGGAUAAUCGGAAGCCUACCCGGCCUGAAUACACCUGUUUUGCCGGAUAGAUCAAUCAUUUCCACGAGUACUGGCAAGCCGUUCCUCGCGGCGACCCUACAAGAGUUAUUGGAGUCGAUCAUUGCCGACAUUUCAAUGAACCUCCUGGACAUUGAUAGCACGGUCCAAGGCAUCUGCCUCCAACUGGACAUGGCAAGACCGGUGGUGAUCUCUGCUAUGGGACCUUCACCUAACAUUCCAGCUUUGACGAGAGAGUUGGCUAAUGGAGGCUUUAAAUCGAAGACAUUAGCAGUGAUCUCGGGCGAUAGGCCGCGUCGGCUCUUGCCACAAGCACGCAGUCGUCCUUAGUUGUACCGUGUAUGGGGUAGAACCAGUGAUAUUUACCCGGGCGUUUCUGGCAGAUUUAGCAUUGCCGUUCGAAUAGGUGCUGCUCUGGUGGAAAAGAAAGGUUUUGACACUCGUCAAUGCAGUGCGUGGAAGCUCACUACCUUCUCAGGAGACAUCGGAGUUUGUAAAUUCUUGCUGUUCUAUGGUGUGGUCCUGUGGUAUAUAGAGAUAGAUCUAUAGUUUCGUAUUAACUUCCAUAGUCAAAUAGAGGCCCCUGUGUC